AUGGCGAAUGGUCUCAUGAGGGGCAAAGAGGGCUUUCGAACUCCUUGCGUAGGAUAUCAGCAGGGAGAAGAGAGGAAGGUGGUCGGUGACGGAGGAAUGGAAGAUUUGGGACGAUUUUCUGCAAUUCUGAAACAAGGAGUGAUUACGAACUUUUUGUUGAACAAUGGCGAUCAACCUUAUGGAUCGUUUUCUCUGUUAGCAAAGAAGAAGAAGGCUGAGUUCUUUAAGCUGUUGAUAGAAGCUACAGGGUUCGCUGCCACGGCCAUUCGAAUGGCAGCACCAUCAUCGGCUGUCUUCGCCGGCAAAUCCAAGUACAGAUAUGACGUUUUCCUCAGUGUCAGAGGCGAAGAUACUCGCCACUCCUUCACUGUUCAUCUCUACGAUGCUCUGCGUCGGAAGGGAAUCAACGCCUUCAUUGACGACAAGAAGCUUGGGAAAGGGGAGCGGAUCUCACCUACGCUUCUUAUGGCCAUUGAGAAAUCCAGAAUCGCGAUUAUUGUGUUCUCUAGGAAUUAUGCAACUUCCACAUGGUGCCUCGAUGAACUCGCCCACAUCAUUCGGUGUAAGAAGGAGAAGAACCAACUGGUUAUGCCCGUAUUUUACAAUGUGAAUCCGAUGGAUGUUCAAUAUCAGAGUAACAGCUUUGGAGAUGCCAUGGCUGCUCUGGAAGAUAGGUUCAGAGAUGACUUAAAGAAAGUGCGAAAAUGGAGAUCUGCUUUGUCUGAAGCUGCUAGUUUGCCAUCAGCAUGGCUUUUGUGA